AAAUUAUGACCUUUUGACGAUAAUAUCCUGUGUAACUCUAACAAUAUUAUCUCAUCUAAUCUCAAAACUGCUUCUGUGAGGUUUCAUAUCCAUUGAAAUUCAAAUUACAAAUUACAUUUCAGUUAAUCAAUACACACUUACUCAUCCACAGCUAUGAAGUCCGAAAACGAUUACAAAACAAGCUGUUUUAAAUGCAUUUAAAAUUUCUACUUCUUAGUCUUUGGUGCAUUCACUUAAACUGAUCAAUGAUUCCAUGUAUCCUUCAGGUAUAUCAAUAUUAAUUAAAAAGAGUUCUUGUGUAUACACAAGUAAAUAUAAAAUUGGAUAUCAUCGACAAGCCAAAAGUGACUUAUUUCAAAUGAGAGAGUAUUAUUAACUAGUAGGUGAUGCACAGUUCGUAAUCAAGAUUUUAUCAACCCAUCUUUUGAAUAUUUAUAUUGGAAUUUUUACUUUACUCAUUCAUCUAAUAUUUUGAAUAGAUCACUGUUCAAAUGAAUAUUCCUCUAGGUCAUUUUUUAUUCAAUGCAUUUGUACAUUUAAUUAUAAACCUACAAUUGAUAUGGCUGAAUCCACAUGUAACUGAAGAAACUAUAUUAAAUAUAUCGAAAGUAUAUUUUAUUCAUCCUGGUCCAUCAGUUUCAGGGAGUCAGUUAAUCAAGAAUCGAUUUCAUUCAUAUAAUGAUUCGCAUUUUAGUAAGCCAUAUAAUUCUGAGGUUAAAAAAUACCAAAUCAAUAUUAAUACUACUAACAAUAUGAACAGUAGGUUUGAUAGUGGAACUCAAGCACAUUUAAAAUCAACGUAUAAACUGAUCUUAAAAGGUGUUAAUCAUUCAAAACCUACAUUAUACACUGAAAAAUUUCACGACACAAUGAAUCAUUUUAUACCAAUGUCAGUAAUAUUUGAGCCAGAAAAAGAUUUGGCUUUAUUAUAUCCAGAAAGUAUUUGGCUUGAUCCAUGUAAAGCUACUGCGUACUAUGGAGAUAUAGCAUUAGAUGAACAUGAAUCUCAGAUGAUGUUGUCUAAAGGCAUGUUACUGUCUGACGAUCCAUUACAAAUAUGGAAUUCAGAGGAUAAUGAAGAAAUGAACAAUAAACGGAAUAAACAUUCUAAAAUGCCUGUGUCAGCAUCGUUGGAUGAUGUAAAAAGCAAAACGAACGACCAUUUCAUUGGCAGUUCACGUCAACUUAAACAAAAGCGUAUUCAAGAUUACAAGUAUUCUAAAGACCGGAGUCCUUCAGGUAAACUCAAAAAUGUAGGCACUAGACGAAGGAAACAAUUGAAAAAGUUUGGGCAAAGAGGGAAACGAAGAACAAGUGAAUUAAUGCGGCGUCAAAGAUAUCGUCAACUUAAGGCCAAAACACAAACAUUUAUUCAGUUAAACAAAUCAUAUCAACAGAAAGCUAACUUACCAGCGUUUACUCCUGAACAAGGAAAAAAUAAACAAUUUUCUCAAGGUAAAAGAAGGUCUAAAAGAGCAGCUACAGCAUAUGUUUCAAGAACAUGGACAAAUGGGGUUAUUCCAUAUAUAAUACAAGCAAAUUUUUCAAGUGAAACUAAAGCCACAAUUAUGAAAGCUAUGCGACAUUGGGAAAAUUACACGUGUCUUAGCUUUGUUGAAAGACAACCACAUCACAGAUCGUAUAUAAUCUUCACUGAAAAGGCCUGUGGGUGUUGUUCAUAUGUAGGACGACGUAGCGAAGAUGAACCACAAGCUAUAUCAAUCGGGAAGAAUUGUGACAAGAAAGGCAUAGUAAUUCAUGAACUUGGCCAUGUGAUUGGAUUUUGGCAUGAACAUACUAGACCUGAUCGAGAUGAGCAUGUAGAUAUUCUGCUUGAUAAUGUUGUUGAAGGACAAGAUUUUAAUUUCAAAAAAAUGGAUCCAGGUGAAGUGAACUCUCUUGGUGAACCAUACGAUUAUAGCUCUAUUAUGCAUUAUGCUAAAGGUACAUUUGCUAAAGCGAAUAAAGAUGAAACAAUUCGACCAAAAGCUUGUUGUCCAAGGCCACCUAUUGGUCAGCGUAUUCAAUUAAGUCCUGGUGAUAUUCGACAAACAAAUAAAUUGUAUUUAUGUCCAGCUUGUGGUCGUACACUUCUAGAGCCAGUAGGAAGUUUAUCUUCACCACAAAUGGCCUGGAAAUUAAGAGAUCGUUUCGGUGCAAACGCCAACUCUUCACUAUUUCCCGAUCCGAUAGGUUUAGAGCAAUCAAUUCAAUUAGGAAAUGCCAUAUCAGUUGAUCAUCUUUUACCAGAUGAUAAUGAAAAUAUGUAUCAUCCAUAUCGAUCAUUAACAAAUGGCAAUUCAAUUGACGGAGGUGAAGAUCAUAGUUUAAUCGGUAUGGUGAAUGAUAAUAAUUAUCAAUUAAAAACACAACCUUAUAAUCCAUUCAAAGGAUCAUUCAAUAAUGAAGAAGUUCCAUUGAUAGCAAUGAGUCGUUUGUCUAAAUUACCAAAGACAAGUUCAUCAUCUACGUUGGGUUUCACAUCAGCUAGUCCGAUACUUUGUCAAUGGAGAAUAAAUGCUGCAUCAGGUGAACGUAUACGUUUAAAUUUUACACAUAUUGACAUCUCUGGGCCAAUCACACAAGAUUCCAUACAUACACCGAAUAAUUUAGAUAAUUUGCAUAAAGCAUAUGAAUUAAAUCAAAAAAGUAUCAGUCGUAUCUCAUGUAUUAAUGAUUAUGUAGAAAUAAGAGAUGGAUAUUAUUCUGGUUCACCACUGAUUGGUCGUUAUUGUGGUCAAACUUUACCACCACAACUAAUUUCUACUGGAUCGCGUCUUUGGUUGGAAUACCGAAGAUCUGCUGGGAGUAUGACCACAGGUUUUAUCGCUGAUUAUGAAGCUAUAUGUGGUGGAGAAUUACAAAUGGAAGAAGGGACACUAACCAGUCCAAAUUACCCGGAAUUUUAUCGACCAAGUAAAGAAUGUGUUUGGCAAAUUAUUGUUCCCGUUGGUUAUUCUGUUGCACUUAUAUUUCAUUCAUUUCAGCUAGAAAAACAUGAUACCUGUGUUUAUGACUAUCUAGAGGUACGUGAUGGUUUAAAAGAUACAUCUCCAUUGCUGAAAAAGCUUUGCGGAUCACAUCUACCCACUCCAAUUAAAUCAACCAAUAAUGUGAUGUAUGUGAAAUUUGUAUCAGAUAGCUCAGUAGAAAAACAAGGAUUUACUGCUACAUUUCAGAAAGAAUUUGAUGAAUGCAAAACUAUGAAACAUGGUUGUUCACACACUUGUGUAAAUACACUUGGUGGUUAUCGAUGUCAAUGUGAAAUUGGUUACGAGCUUCAUGCCGAUGGGAAACGUUGUGAAGAUGCAUGUGGCGGAGUAAUCAACGAAUCGAAUGGUACUAUUCAAACACCUUUGUUUCCGGAUUUAUAUCCACCGAAGAAAAAUUGUAUAUGGAAAAUUUUAGCACCGCCCAAAACCACAAUAUUUCUCAACUUUACACAUUUCAAUUUAGAAGGUCAUAAUCGAGCAUGUCGAUAUGACUUUAUCAAUGUUUACAAUGGAUCAACAGAUAAUCAACAAAAAAUCGGCACAUUCUGUGGUGAUCAAAUACCAGAUCCUAUUACAUCUCAUACAAAUGAAUUAAGCAUUGAAUUUUAUUCCGAUACAUCUGUACAGCGUACUGGUUUCAGAGCUGUAUUCUUCACUGAUCGAGAUGAAUGUGCUGAUAAUAAUGGAGGUUGUCAACAUUUAUGCAGAAAUACAAUAGGAUCAUACCAUUGUGCUUGUCGACCAGGUUUUAAUCUUUAUGGCAGAUAUGAGUGCAAAGAGAACAUUAAAACUGGAUGUCAACAAGAAAUUUCUUCACCUGAUGGUGAGAUUAUCACUCCGAAUUGGCCGAAUGAAUAUCCUGUGAAACAAAAUUGUCGUUGGAAAAUCACUGUAACACCUGGUCAUCGAGUGAAAGUUAUAUUUGCUGAUUUUGAACUUGAGUCACAUCAACAAUGUACAUAUGAUCAAGUUAUUGCUUAUGAUGGAGCUACAAAUAAUUCUGCUUUUCUUGGUCAGUACUGUGGUAGUCGUAAACCUGGUCCAAUCAUUUCUUCACAGAAUCAAUUGUUGCUUACAUUUAAUUCUGAUUCAUCCGUACAACGUAAAGGAUUUCGAGCACAACAUACUACGAUUUGUGGUGGUCAUCUCACUGCUGACAGUGUCCCGCAAACAAUUUAUUCACAUGCUAAAUUUGGCGAUCUAGAUUACGAGUCAAAUCAACAGUGUUAUUGGACAAUUACACCGAAGUUAGAUAAUCAUACUGUUCUACUAAGAUUUCUUUAUUUUGAAGUAGAAGAAGAAACAUUAUGCACGUACGACUAUCUUCGAGUUUUCGAUGGAGGUGACCCUAAGGGAAAACUUUUAGGUGGCUUUUGUGGAAGAACUUUACCAAAUACAUUUUUAUCGAAUUCUGGACAAUUGUAUCUUCAAUUUGUUAGCGACGAUACAAUUGGUGGUAAAGGUUUUCAAGCACAAUAUCAAAUGAUUCCGUAUGAUUUUAAACUACCAAAACAUGAAAUUGAUUCACAAACAAUGACCAAUCAAUUAACGUCUCAUUCGGCCUCCUCCGCCUCUUCUUCUUCUUCUUCUGCUUCAUCGUCGUCAUCAUCAUCGUCAUCCUCAUCACCAUCGUCAGUAUUUUAUGGUAAAAACGAAAUGUUACAACAAUAUCAACCAUUUCAUGGUAAUCGUUAUUUAUUCCCACCAGCAUGGGGUACUGGAAGAAUUCGAUAUUUUGGUGAUAUGCGUCAUGCUGAAAUGACUGACAAUUAUCAGUCCACUCGACCUUUUCAUUAUAAUCCAUCAUAUCAACAUGUAAAACAAUCACCAACCAUACAACAAACAAAUCCUAUGACUUACUCACAUAAUAAUCUAUAUCAACGACCUAAUGGAAGACUUCCUGUAAAUCGUGAAGACAAUUCUCAAUUACCUUGGCGAUUUGCAUACACUUAUCAUCAGUCUAAGAGUCCACCAACUACACGACAAACAACUGUUAAUAAUCUUUUCAGAUCCAACUCAGCAUAUAGUUCACAUUUAUCUUCUAGACCAACCGCAUUUAAAAGUAAACCAGCAAUGGAGUUUGAACACGCAACCACACAACCAGUUUCUCCUUUAUUAUCGCGAAACACAAUCACUUCAAAGGAACCACGUAUAAGUAGUACAUGGCAUGUACGACCUGGUCGUGUUGUUCAUCAACCACAGUUAAACAUCAUUAACAGAAUCAUUAAACCAAAUUCACAAAAAAAUCACCAAUCUCCACGUAAUAUUCUUCGGCAAAUCAAAUCAAAUUCAUAUCAACAGAAGCAAACAAAACAAAAUAUCAAAAGUCCUAUGCGUUUUCAUGUUAUCACUCAACUGGAUCGAAAUCCACCCCGGUUUUCCGGUGGUAGUCAAUGGAAACAAAGGAGUGUCGGUUCUAGUAGAUCACAUCGGGAUGAGAGAAUUUUCAAAGCAUUUUAAUGAAUUAACCAUACCAAUUGACAUUGCUUUUUAUUAUCUUCUUCAAAAAAUAUCUCAAUUCUUGUUUUGACAUUUAUGCAAAUUCAUAAACUCUAAAUAGGGAUUUAAAAUAAGUUUAUUUUCACACACACACACAAAAUAAGAGAUUUGUAUUGUGAGACACGUGAUCCCACGAGAUCCAUCUUUAAUAAAUCCAACUGACUAAGUUGACUGUUUGUUUAUCAAGACUUCACAUACGAACUCAAUUAAGUGAUGAAUUUUUUUAAACGGCACCAACAUCUUCUUAUGCCCUGUUGUAUUUUGUAAAAUAACUAAGAAGUUUGUUUAUACUGUCCUGUUUGUUAGUUAGGUCAUUUGUAUUCGAAAAAAAAUCAAUGGACAUGCAAUUUUAAACAACACGACGAACAUUUUGAUGUUGAAUGGUUGGUGUGGUAGUGUGCAAAUUGCUGCAGCAUUCUCUUUAUUAUUCAUUGAUUGUAUAAUUUAUCCACCUCAUAUUUCCAUUUGUUUGUUUCUCCCCCAACGAAAUAAUUAAUUACCUUUGUAUGUAAUUUCAAAAAAAAAUUGGUGCACAAAAAAUUAUUAUUUGAAAGUUUACACCACUACUUAAAUAAAUAUUGUGAUGUAAUUACUAUAUAUAAGCUGAAUUUCCUAUUUGUGUUUAAAUCAAACCUAAUACCCCUAUUCUUUCACUUGGAUAAAAGUGAUCUAUGUGUAAUUCGUAAAAAUGUGUCAAUGAAUCGUUGAAUAACUUCAUCAAUUUUAUUAUAUGUGAUAAUAUACAUCAGCAACAACUGCUUACUAUUCAACAUUUUCACAACAGCGAACAGUAUAGGAUGAACAUGUUUAGCCAAGUGUUAUUAGAAAUGUGAAUACUUUUUAUUUUUUUCGUCCAAAAAAUUAAAUUCAACGUUGAAAAGCGUUUAUUUAAUG